AUGUCAGCACCGCCCACUCCGCGCAGUGCGACGCUCAACGUCAACAACGGCGGCCGCCGCACCGCUAAACGCCCUGUCCGUGCGCGCUCUCACAUAUCGCGCGCACCUAGCCCCAGCAAGAAACCCACACCGCAGUCGUACCGUCGCGGCAACAUGCGCUACGCCGGAGUUUAUGUCGACCACCUCGACCAGCUCCCGCCUGCAAUCGACGGCGAGGCGCUCUGCAUUCUCGGACUGCAGUCGUGGGCUGAGCUAGCAGAGCCGGACACACGAGCCCAGACACAGCCGGAGACACAAGCACGCCUCGCAGCGCUGGCGGCCACUUACCAGGCUGAGUCGCGGCUCAAUGCGCGCGAGUGUUCGCUUGAGGGCAACUGGAAGAGCAGCCUUUUCACACUCAUGCGCAACAUCGCCCUACUCGCUCCGGGCACCUUGUGCUUGGACAUGUCGGAGAAGGCUUGGAUUUCCGGACUGAAGCCUGCAGCGCCUUCCCUUGACGGGCUUCAAGAAACUGGCGAGGAAGGCGACAGCGGCUUACGCACCCUCUCAGCCGGCCCGACACCGUCUGCCUCUACGCUCAUCGAUUUCAAUUCCGCCACCACGGCCGCCGUCACCACCGUGAGCCCAAACACAUUCUUCCCUGGCCGCGUUCCCUCCCUACCGCCGUCGACGUACUCUUCCACCUACUCACAAUCCAUCACCACAACCACGAGCCUCAACGCCUCAGACCCCUUCCACAUCUCCACUCCUAAACCCGACAUUACUGUCGGCCUUGAAGAGACCGAUUUAAACCUGCUCCAUCAGCGCCGCCUUGUCGACCACCAAAAGAGCGGCACCAUCCUAAGCGACCCACACGCCGCCUUCAUGGGUAUGCGCUUUCCCUUCCUGAUUGUCGAAACAAAGGGCCUAAGCGUCCAUGGCAACCUCGUCAGCGCGCAGAACCAGGCCGCCAUCAGUGGCGCUUCUAUGCUACGUAUCCUAAAAGACCUGGAAGAGACUACCAAUUCGCAUCCUACUUCCCCGCCGCUGUGCUUCUCCAUUGUGACUGAGGGUCCCGCGCACGAAUUGUGGGUCCAUUUCGAACAUGAAGAGGCGUUCCACAUGGAGGCGCUAAAAUCAUGGCGGAUGACUCGCGCAAGCGAUGUGGAGGAAUUCGUGCGAGCCUUGGUCAGGAUCAUGGAGUGGGGAAGGGGGAGAUUUCGGGCCGGCAUUGUAGCGAGGCUAGACAGCCAGCCUGCUGUAGCGGGUAGUGAACAUAGUGGAUGGUAA